GAUUGCGUUCUCGCGGGGCCUACACUGAUGGAUGGUAAAACCAACAGACAGCCACAAGCUCGUAUUGCCGCCCGCAUUGGAUAAUACGUGCCAUGGCCUCUUGUACCGUGGACGAGUGUGCCGGGAAUGAUCGAAUCCUUGGCGUCGUUCGAUCGCGAACGGACGGAUGUCAGAGUCGGCUUUGGGACGAUACCGAGGCGCUUGAAAAGGCUAAUGCUGAAAAGAUGCAAUUGCAGAAUCAGCUGCGUGCGACUGAUUGUGGCUCGGAUACGAUGGCACUGUCAACGGCAUAUCCUGACAGGAACGUACGUACCGGAGGACGGUGUAAGAGUAUUUCCGAGUCGAACCUCAAUUCGGAGAAGAAUGCUGAGCACUCGUCCAUCAGUGACGGUCUGGAUCUCGCGGAGAGUGCCGGGAGUAUAGAGAUCAGCUCGGAAGUCAGCGCCUUCGCAGGAAAGGAAAGAUCGGGGCCUCCAAUCGCACGGGAUAUGGAUCGUUCGACAGCACCCUUGGAUGUUAUCGAUCCUCCAUCAGCCGUCAGAGGACCAUCUUAUACGGGCAAUAUGGGAGUUAUUGCUGAAGUCGUGCCACAGCCUCAGUGUGAAGAGCUACGGACGCCAAUCGGAAUUUGUUCCAUAGACGAUUGCUUGCUCGAUCCGAAACUAAACCACUGUUUCGAUGGCCCUCCUGUCGCCACACCGUUUCUCAAGGACGUUGAACGAUUGCAUCGUCUUGUGGAUCGCCACGAUUGGAACAAAUUGCAUCGUCUCAUCAUUCACCAGCCAGAUUUAGCUCGUCAAGUGAUGUCCACCACUUGUCAAGGUGAACGCAACCAGUGCACGCUUCUGCAUGCUGUUUUGUUGCGGUCGUCGCCCAAGGAUCAGGUUGCCAUCUCCAUCGAUACUAUCGACGCAGUCCUAACAGCCCACCCGUCAGCUUUACUACUACCGGAUACACGCGGACGCCUGCCUCUGCACAUCGCCUUGCUACGGAGCGCGUCACCUUUUGUUUUGCGAUACAUUCUGAAAGCUCGGAUUCAAGCGAUUCGACAAGCUGACGAGGACGGUAACCUUCCUCUCCACUACGCUUGCUCGUACGGCACACCAACUGUUGCGCUCGACAUUCUUCGGGAGUGGCCCAAAGCUUGUCAAAUCUCGAAUCAUCGCAACCGCUUACCUCUUCACGGACUCUGUAGUGUCUGGUUCGACAAGGACGAGGUACACGGAUGCAAGGACAAUGUCAGUCCUUGCUGGUUGCAAGUGCUGAACACUAUGCUCGAUAUGUAUCCCCAAGCAGCAUGGGCCAAGGAUCGACAAGGUAGACUUCCCAUCCAUGUUUUAUGUGCCACCCAUCCUCACGUUCCGUUCAACGUGUUGCACGUCUUGAUUACACUGCAUCCCGCGUCUCUGUUGGUCGGAGACGUAACCGGUCAGGUUCCAGCAGAUCUUGUAGUCCGAUCUGGUGGGCGCUGGAGUAAGACUUGCGACAAUGACGUUGUCCUUCAGUACCUAAUGGAACGCACACAGCGGGAACGACGUCCGACUCAGUCACCCAUUACGAGAUUACUGGGCAUGGGCGCUCACAAAGGGAAGCGUCGCAAGAAACCGCACGUCCUAAUUGACUUACGUGAUUGCUACGGAUAGAAACAUAACACACCACAGGGCGAAAGGACAGGACACCGAACGAAAAUAGAUACAUGAUUUUCGUUUCCAGAACCAAAAUAUUGUGCUGAAGCGCUACGUAUACUCAAACACUCCUCUUGAUAGAAAGGUGCACCAUAUUCCGACUUUCAACAUAUACGCAUUGCGCUGCAAAGGAAUAAUUAAAAUACGUUUAGAAAGCAAGACAGCCUUUGUCC